CAUCAUAGUCUGCGGUGAAUGAGGUAGCCGAAAGCAAUUUAAUUACUACCUUAUGAAACAAAAAUGUAUUUUGUACCCACUCGAAUAGCAAUAUACUUACCUACCUAAAAAGCCAACUGCUUCUGAUCCAGAUGAAACAUUGUCGUUCGUGAUAUGACAACAUGAAUCUACAUAUUCUCCUUAUAACCGUCGUGCAUCUGGUCCGCUGUACUGGCGCGUCUUCGUCGGGAUUCUACAUUGACAAUGGCCAGGGACAAACGGUUCGCGAAACCGCCAUAACCGCUGAGGAUCGUCAGGAAAUCGAGCAUGAAAUUCUGGAUUUGCUCGGACUGCCAGAUAGACCCAACAAGGAGCAUAUUCAUCCACCGUUGCGAAAAUCAGCUCCACAGUUUCUGCUGAACAUCUAUUUGAAGUUUUCGGAGGAAAUCAACGGAGAGAAUCGUGGUAAACGUGUUGCAAGGAAUGCUCUGUACAGCAACUCUGAUCUAUUCACUUUAGCAGAUCAGCGUGCGAUCGAAGAAAGCGAUUGGAUUAUGACUUUUUUGAACAAAGACCACGUGAAUAUGCCUAAGGUAAGACAUCAUAGAUAUGGGGAACGAUUAGUAUUCGAUACAAGUGAAGCCGCAUCUGAUGGGGCAUUACUUUUGUACGCUAGUUUGAAGGUGUACAAGAAUCUCACCUAUGAUUACCUCAACGCCAUCACUAAUGGCAGAUUGAUCACUAUAAGAACUUCGUUGAUCAAAGGUUAUGAUUCCGGAAAAAACAUGCAUGAAAUGGAUCUCUUGGCUGAGCACACUCUACCAUACGACUAUCAAGGAUGGAUCGAAAUCAAUGCUACCAACAUGAUGGAUCGCUGGAUAUCUGAGUCAUUGAAAAACAAAGGAAUCUUUGUUGAAGUUUUCUAUACCGAAAGUCCCCAGAAGCAAGUGAGACCUCAAAAUGUAGGACUGAUUCUGUCGAAUAAGUUUGGUCGUUACCAACCUUUCCUAGUCAGCUAUUACAAGGGUCGAGACUUGGUCAAACCAACCCCACAUGUGUCUCGAUCAAAGCGUAGUGUUGGAAAUCCGAACCAGCGAAAGAAGCCAAUCAAGAAGACCGUCCGACCGAGAAACCCUCUGUUGGAGAAAUGGGCUAUCAAAGAGAAGAGUUGCCAAAUCCACACUCUGUACGUGAGCUUCCGCGAGCUAAACUGGCAGGACUGGAUCAUUGCGCCGGAUGGGUUUGGAGCGUACUUCUGUCAUGGUGAGUGCAGUUUCCCGUUGAACACGCACAUGAACGCUACGAAUCAUGCACUCAUCCAGACGCUGGUGCACUUGAUGCAUCCGGCCAGUGUUCCCAAACCGUGCUGUGCACCGACGAAACUGACGCCGAUCUCGGUGCUGUACCAUAUCGAUGAUGCAAACAUCAACCUGAAGAAGUAUAAAAACAUGGUGGUCAAGAGUUGUGGGUGCUUGUGAGCAAUUGAAUGUGAGUUCCGUUGGAAGGUUUUCGGAUUGUAGUCAUAAAACGUCUAGGAAAAGUCGUUUAAAGUAAUGUUUUCAUUUAUUACCUAGGUUCGAUUAUAAUAAAAUGAUCUUGUUUUAUAUAAUAUAAAUCUUUUGCUUAAAUUUCUUUACAUACUAUAUAUUGUACCGAUUAAGCUUAUUCACGUGAUUUAAAACGAAGUUUAAUAAAAUCGAUCGAUGAGUUUGCUAAACUGAUACUGAUCUUAUGCGUUCUCACUCAUUUUGAAGCAAUCCCUCAAUUUGCGGAUAUAAUAAAAUCAAACUUGGGCAUGGCAAAACGAUUUAGGGCUAAUUUUCAUUCAGUAUUGUAUUCGCUAAAUCUUUAUUAAAAUCCGUCCUCGUGGCUUUAAAAACUGAAAACACUAAGUAAAUUUCGCUAAUACUAGAUUGCCGUACUUAGUAAUCAGAAAGCACACGUUGCACUAGAGUCAGAUCAAUGCCUUGUUAGCAUUUUAUCACCAUCAUAUGGUCGAUUAGCGCAGUAGUGCUUGACUACUUGAGCCGAUUCUAGCAAGAUGUUGUCUUUGAAACCACUUUGAGCCACGAGCCUUUAGGUAUUACAAGGACGAAUUCAAGCGAAGGUAUGUCAUAAUAGCCCAGAAGUUAUGAAAGUUUCCGCUGCACGACUAAUUCAUAACCUCAACUUUAAAGUUGCGACCAAUGGUUUCGAUAUGUCCUUGCCCUAAUAUACAAGAAAUUCAACUUGAAGCAAUAUUCGGUAUUGUAAAUAAAGUUUUCAAGAUAUGAUCGAAAAUAAGGAAACCGUUUAUCGUAAAAGUUAUCAAUAUUGUGUUGAAUGAGAAAUUUCACAGGAGAAAAAGAAGAUCAAGCUCUGCUAGAGGAAUGAUUGAUGAAAUUCUAUAAAAUAUGCAUGGAGUUGCAAUUCUAACUAAUUCUAAUACCUUAAAUUGGAUCGAAUAAAUUUGGAACUCGGAUUGGAUUAAUCAUGAGACGUAAAAUUAGAUUCUUAUCAGAGCUACGUGUUGGUUGUGUAUGUGUGUGUGGGAAUGUUGUCGGGUGUGUUAUGUACGAAAUCGCAAUCGAAAUUCACUUGUUACAAGUUUUCUUCUUUGUUUCGCAUUUCUUGUGUAGUUUGAUCACAGAGUAGAGUUGCUUGUCCACGACAUCAUCAAGUUGGACAAUGUAUUCGUCCUUUUUUAUUUUUUCUUAAUUUAUUAUGUAGCUUCCGUUAUUGUAAAUUAUCUAGUUUCUAUACCUAGCAUAGGUUCACAUAAUAGAACUUACAAACCUCAAUCAGAUCUGCACACGCAAUACGUUCUGAUCCUGUUCGUCCUAGACUAGUCUAUUCUAUAUCUCUCAUUAAAACUUUUUCUCACGCACCACGGUCUGGUUUUGUCUCGUCGACGGAUUUCGUUCUAUGGAAAUGUUCUUUUUUCCGGGGGUGGAAAGUAUAAAUCGAAUGGGUCUCUACAUAUUUCCUCUUUGUUAUUGGAAUUAUUAAUUACUUUUGAAUUGUUUUGAAUAUCGAUAAUUCUAAACCGAUUGGAUAGGCAAGUUCGUGUAAGUAAAAGGUUGCUUGCUUGAUUUGUUGUUUAGUACGGAUUGGAAAAUUGGAGUAUUUAGUUGGUUCGAUUAGCUAAAAGGAAUGAUUGAUUCUUUGCUUUGCUUUUCAUUCUGUAAAGAUGAUAAGAUUGUAGUUAGCUCUAGUGUUACUUUGUAAGUUUUGCUUGAGUUGGUUUGAAGUCUAUCAGUCCGCUUUCUUCUGCAACAUUCGUGUGCACCUGGUUUCAAAUAAAAUAGUAGACACGGUUAUGGAACUGUGUGGCUUAGCAUUAAAUUAGAUAUUUUAAUUAAAAAAAAAAUGCUCCCAUACAUGUUUUUCUGUAUCCAUAACAAGAUUUAUAAUAACUGGAUAGUGCACAUUCACAAAAAUGCACUAGCUCUCAAACGAUAAAACCUGUAACCCUUAGCAAGAAGUACACAUUUAU